GUACUCUCCUCAGCUUACUCACUUUUCAGCUCUGCGCUGUCCGCAACCCCCGGCUUUCUCAGCCGACUCACCUUUCCUUCCUGCCUUUUAAUUCCACCAGUUUGACGCUGGCGGCGGACUUGUGUAUCCCUCCUGCUACUACUUCAGUCAUAUCCUCCGUGCCGCCCUCAUCUAUCUUCCUCGAUCGUGUCUGCUUCAAAUAAGUAACAAUUCCAAGAGCAGGCCGUUCUUCCUUACAUCAAAAGGAUGUCGGAUUCAGACUCUACCCUAUCCCCCGAACCUCAGCGCACAAUUAAAAUAAUCUUCAUCUCGGAUUAUAUGUGCGCCUUUUGCUACAUCGGGAACAAGUCGCUCAAAGAUGCUAUUGCCAAAUGUCGUGACUUGGAUGUACGUUUCGACGUGGAAUUCCGGCCAUUUACCCUCCUCUGCCAAUCAUCUGUGCAAGAGGUGCCCAAGGCGAAUGGGGAAAAGGUGCUCAAUCGCUGGGAUUAUCUCACUCGGAAGUUUGGUAAAGAGCAAGCGGAGAGCAAGUGGAAAAUAGUCGAGGAGUUGGCACAGAAAGCUGGCUUACCACUCGCGGAAGACGGAAUUGUGGCUCGGUCUAUUCUCGCGCACAGACUGGCUGUGAAAGCAUAUAAAGUUGGCGGACAAGAAAUGCAAGGACAGCUCAACCAUAUUUUAUUUGACGCCGUGUUCGCCGGCUGCCAGGAUAUCAGUGAUGUCGAGUUCCUUGCCGAUGCAGCAGAUAAAAUUGGCUUGAUGAGCAAGAAAGAGGCUACUACUUUCUUGCAAGAUACCGACUGCAAGAACUGCGUCGCCCAGAUGAUUGACGCUGCUCGGGCGAGCGGUGUGAACGGCGUGCCCUCUAUCAUUAUUGAUGGAAAAUGGGCAUUGAACGGCGUACAAUCCACAGAGUGUUACCUCCAGAUCUUGCGGAAAAUUGCUCAAGCAUCGUCAUCACCCAAUGCGGCUUCAAUGACAGAAUGCGCAUCGAUCGUCUCAGUGGAUUCAUAACGGAUUAUACACAGAUUCCCUUCACCUUCCCCGUCCCAUACCGCGCUUCAUGACCUCAAUUCCUGCGCCCAGGCCUUGGUCCUCGCUUUGGAUUAAUUAUACAAGGACUAUCAACACAAUCUCGCGUAGGAAUUUUGACGUCACGUCUGGAAGGGUCUGUUGCAUUUUUUACUUUUUACUUUGCUCUCUGUACCAUUUUCUGCGUCUCAUGUCGCAUCGCUGUCUUUAUCAGCGAGCGUGUGUUUGUAUCUUCUUUCUGCGCUAUCUAUUCCUUUAUCCCGUCCGCCCCGGUUUUUAAAUGGCCAUGAGGAAGAGGUAGGGUAUAUACCCAUUUUACGUCUAUAUCAUCUGUCUCAAUUGACGCGGGGAUAACCCCAUUCGUCUCAU